CCUCACUCCUUGCCCCAUGCAGGUACCGGGGAGACCAAGAUGCCACCAUGUCCAUCCUGGAUAUUUCUAUGAUGACCGGCUUCUCUCCUGACUUUGACGAUCUCAAUCUGCUAAGCAACGGUGUGGACAGAUACAUCUCCAAGUACGAGUUGAACAAGAUUCGGUCUCACAGCAAAAGCACCCUCAUCAUCUACCUGGAUAAGGUCUCCCACACAGAGGAGGACUGUCUCUCCUUCCGGAUCCACCAGUACUUUGAAGUGGGGCUCAUCCAGCCUGGAUCAGUCAAAGUCUACUCCUAUUACAACCUGGACGAGUCCUGCACCCGCUUCUACCAUCCGGAGAAGGAGGACGGGCAGCUGAGCAAGCUUUGCCACCAGGAUCUGUGUCGCUGUGCUGAGGAGAACUGCUUCAUGCAUCAGGAUGACAAUGACAUCACGCUGGAGUACCGGCUGGACAAGGCCUGCGAGCCCGGAGUGGACUAUGUGUACAAGGCCAGGCUGGUGGACAUGGAGCUGUCGGAGGACUUUGAUGACUACAUCCUGGUGGUGGAGCAGAUUAUCAAGUCUGGCUCUGACGAGGUGCAGGUCGGGAAUCGGAGACGGUUCAUCAGCCACGUCAAGUGCAGGGACGCCCUGAGGCUGCAGAAGGGGAAGCAGUACCUCGUGUGGGGGUUGUCCUCCGACCUGUGGGGGGAGAAGCCCAACCUCAGCUACGUGAUCGGGAAGGACACGUGGGUGGAGUUGUGGCCCGAGGCGGACGAUUGUCAGGACGAGGAGAACGAGAAGGUGUGUCAGGACCUGGCCAGGUUCGCGGAUGACAUGGUGGUCUUCGGCUGCCCCAACUGACCCCCCCCCAACACACCCACCUACUUACGCUCCACCUGCCCCUGCCCCAAUAAAGCUUUGGUUGUUUUUCA